GCGCUGACGUGCCGGGCGCCAUGUUGGAGGGCUGGUGGUAGCGGCUCGGGGAGGUUCUCGCUCUGUCCGUCUCGCUCCGUCUCUCGCUUCCCCCCGCCCCGGCUCCCUUCGGGACCCCCCUCCCCGGUCGCCGGCGUGUGGCGGAGUGUGUGCGAGGGCGGGGGCGGGCGUCCGGGGGGGCGGGGGCGGGCGCCGCGGCCCCCGGGACGGCGGCCGAGGGAGGUGCCGGCGGCGAGGGACUGCGCGGCGCCAUGGACGUCGAGAGGCUGCAGGAGGCGCUGAAAGAUUUUGAGAAGAGAGGGAAAAAGGAAGUUUGUCCUGUACUGGAUCAGUUUCUCUGUCAUGUAGCUAAAACUGGAGAAACAAUGAUUCAGUGGUCCCAAUUUAAAGGCUAUUUCAUUUUCAAACUGGAGAAAGUGAUGGACGAUUUCAGAACUUCAGCUCCUGAACCAAGAGGUCCUCCCAAUCCUAAUGUUGAAUAUAUUCCCUUUGAUGAAAUGAAGGAAAGAAUACUGAAAAUUGUCACUGGAUUUAAUGGUAUCCCUUUUACUAUUCAACGGCUAUGUGAAUUGCUAACCGAUCCAAGAAGAAAUUAUACAGGAACAGACAAGUUUCUCAGAGGAGUAGAGAAGAAUGUGAUGGUUGUUAGCUGCGUUUGUCCGUCUUCAGAGAAGAACAAUUCUAAUAGCUUAAAUAGAAUGAAUGGUGUUAUGUUUCCUGGAAACUCACCAAACUAUACUGACAGGUCUAAUAUAAACGGGCCUGGAACACCUAGGCCACUUAAUCGACCAAAGCUUUCUUUGUCAGCCCCUUUGACAACAAAUGGUUUACCUGAGAGCACAGAUAGCAAAGAUUCAGAGCUGCAGCUAAGUGAAGAGAAAGGCCACAGUGAUUCUUCAGCCUCUGAAUCAGAAGUUUCCUUACUGAGCCCUGUUAAAAAUAAACAUCCAGAUGAAGAUGCUGUGGAGUCUGAGGAACAUGAGGUGAAAAGACUGAAGUUUGACAAAGAAGGUGACGUCAGAGAGACAGCUAGCCAAACGGUGUCCAGUGAAGUCUCUUCAGUUAGAGCAGAGGAAACGGAAACAGCAACUCCCCCUCCUGACAAGGACAGAGAAAGUCGAAUCAGGCAGCACUGUACAGAAGAGGAGGAGGAGGAGGAGGAAGAGGAGGAGGAGGAGGAGGAAGAAUCGUUUAUGACACCAAGAGAAAUGGUCCCAGAAAGAAAAAAUCAAGAAAAGGAAUCUGAUGACGCCUUAACUGUGAAUGAAGAGACUUCAGAGGAGAGCCAUCAGAUGGAAGGCUCUGGUGUGUCUCCAGCUCAGACAGACUCCGCUUCAGAAAGGAGUGACAGUGCAGGGGCCUCAAGGAGUGGCUCUGACUGCCUGGAGACACAGGAGUCAGGAGGGCCCCCUUCCAGUAAAACUGGAGAAAGUGUGUCAGUGUCGUCGUCCAUGGAAAAUGAGGAAGCCACAGAAGUCACAGAUGACCCAAUGGAACAAGACUAACUACUUAAAAACACUUAGAGGCAGUAUUUUACAUACAGUUCUGGUUUUACACUGUAUAAAACUUUUAAGUAAUAAAGUGGACCUUUAGUUUUACAAGAGAAACAGGCUGUAAAAUAAAGAACCUUAAGAAUAAACCCUGAAGGUUGUAUGUGGAAGAGCUGUGAGUAUGGCUCCUCUGGGUCCCGCUUAGUGCUGAUUUUCUUGUUUGGUUUGGUUUUUUUGUUUGCUUUUUUCCUGGUGUACUCAAAUCAGUGGUUUGUGUAUAGAUUUUUUUUUUUAAUUUAGAAUUAAAGUUUUUAAACUGGAAGAUAAUUAUAAUUUUGAAAACUUUAAAGAUGAUCUCAUUUGGUUUAUACAUACACAAGGAAGAUUUUUGUCUUGUCUCUAGCAGUUUCCAUAAUUUGGUCAUAGUUUAAACAUGUUAACAUGUCAAUUAAUAGGGUUUCAUGUGGUUUCAGAUUUUUAUUGUUCGACUGUACAAUGGAACCUUAAGUCAUAUAUACAUAUAUAGAUUAUCCUGAGGGGGGAUGUUAUAUUUUUCUGUUUCUAUAAGAGAUGAAUACAGUGAAUACUUUUUUAUUGGUAAUGACUGAGUUCACUUCUUUCAGAAGACAUCUUCUCUUCUGAGUAGUUGAGACAAAAAUCUGGCCCCUGUGAGACCCUGGGAAUCUUUCAGUUUGUUGAAAUACCAGGUUAAACACAUUCCAAGAGAUCUGUGCAAACUAAAUUCUUUUGUAUACUUCUAAGGUGCCUGAGACAACAAGACUUCAUUUAUUUAUGGAAAGUGUGCUUUAUCUUGGGAGUUGCGCCCAAGCAUUAGCUUGCUGUUUGUAGAAUGAGUGCUUCGGAGCCUGACAUGAAACCAUCUCAAGAGCCCACAGGUCCCAUAACAUUUGAUUGCUUUUCUGAACACUGUCAACAUCACAUCUGUCUUUCUGAAUAAUCCUAUAUGCCGCAUGGCACUGGUGUGAAACAUCACUGUACUGGAAGAAUUAGUAGAGGACUUCAGUAAUGUACCUGAGCUAAAAUGACUGAGGCGUUAGGGGUACACAGAAACCACCAUGAUUUGUAUAACAUUUUGAAGUGAAUUAAUAUUUUUAAACAUGCUUCUUCAACAGCCAGUGUUAUAUUUUUCAGAUCAACACAAAGCACAAUGGUUACUACUCUAUAAACUCAAUAUUUUCAAAUUCACAUCUUUAAAGUCAUGCAAGCUGCAACUUCCCUGUCAGAAUUACUGGCUGCCAAAUUUAUACCUGUUUCUUCAGCUGUACUUUUUGAUAUUUAGAAUUUUUAAAUUUCUGUAAAGUAGAUUUUGUAGACUGUAAUGUGUUCACUGCCUUUGUGAAGCGGUAUAUAAUUGUAUAAUUUCGUGUGUAACUGAAUGCUUGGGCUUUCAAUACAGUAUUCAUAUAAAGCAAUAAAUAUUAAUGUUAUGAAAUAUUGGAGUACAUUUUUAUCAAAAUACAAAAUCCCUUUUUUAGUUUCAGACAUCUGAGGUACAGGGAUGGACCUAAUAGCUGAUACAAACAGUUUCUCACACUGUAUCCUAAGCUUCGGGUGAUCGGAGGGAAACCACAAGGGUUGGAUUUUGACUGCUUAGACAUUACUAUGGCUAAAAAGAUAUUUGGCUCCGUUUGUUCAUAAAGUAAUAUAUACUGACUGAUGACCUUCAGGUUCACAGCAGCUGGGCAGUAGAUUUAUGAAUCUGUCUAGUAAAACUGAAUGUCGAUUUACUGUACCCAAGGGGGUGAAAAUCAAAUGUAACUUCAAGGUUUUUGGCAAAAAGAUUAAAAUGAAGCAAAUUUUAAGUGUGACAUUCAUUUGUAAUGGCCUGUUAUAGUUGAGGGAUUGACAGAGCAGAUUUUAAACAUUUUAGGUUUAGAGUUUUUGAGAUUUUCCUUAGGGUAUUUAUGAGGUUGUUGUCAAUAAACCUGUUCUCUAAGCUCCUGUGACCUUUGAUAGUCUUUAUUUAUGAUGCCAUGGACCAUUCACAAACAAGUCAGUUUGCUGCUGGUUAAAAGUUGAAGAUGUCCCAUCAUGAAUAGAGGUCUGUGGCUUUAUUUGUAAACUUGCAAUUGCUAUCUGCAAGGGGAAGUGUAUUUCUUUAUUAAAUAAAGUACAAUUAAUAAUGGUGAAUGUACCAAAAUGACAUCACUCAAUUCUAUGAGAGGUCUGCAUUUUAACCUAUAGUUUAAUAGCUUUAAUAUUUAUUAGCUAUUCCUAUGUUGAUCAUAGAUGAAAGUUGUUGCUGUUUAUACAGAUACAUGUAGGAUACUGGUGAAGGGUGUCUAGGGCAGUUGUAAUAUUAAUCACCGUGUGAAGCCAUGUUCAGACUGUGGAUGCAUUGGCCCUUUGGAAGUCCAUUUCCACACGUAUUGUUAGAUUCACUUACAGGAGACUGCAGGAAAGUAUCAGUUCUAGUGAGAACAGAGUAAUUUGUGAAUGACAGAAAGACACGUUUCCUUAAUGGACCCAGCGAAGCCCUGUGAGAUCCAAGAGGGAGGGUCAAGCCUUUCUGUGGCUGAAGUAGCUGGCUCUUUGAUGUUGAACAGACUCCUAACCAGUUUCUCCUUUCCCAAGCCUAACUCAGAUCUGGGCAGUGCUGAGGUGGGGACAGAAUACACAUGACAUGGUUUUGCCACUCCUCCCUUUUAAAAAGUGAAAACAUUUUGAAAACUCUUCACUUCUGAAAAUGUAGAACAGAAGUGAGUAGUGAAAAUAUAUUUUGAGGGUUAGUAAACUUAAUCCACUUAAUUGUCACAACUACGGUCUUUCCCAUAUGUAGCCAGAGCAAUGGAGUUACAACUCUGGCUUUCGAAAGCUAUUCCAGAAACCCUGCCCCAGAAAGUCUUAAAGCAUUGAGAUCCCUGUGUUUUAUUUUGGCAGUGUAGAUAGGCAUGUAUUUAUGCAUUUGUAAAAUCAAUUUUUUUCAAAUAAUGUAUGUAAUGUACUAGCUUAAACGGUACUGGGCAGAGCCUAGAGCUACUGCAAGGAUUGAAUGUGAAGCCUGUAUCGAGGGUGGAAAUGUACCUGCAGAGCCACAGCAAACUGUUCCGGGCAGUGUUUCAGGUUGCCUUUGAGCAGGAGUUUCUUAGAGCUAUUGGUUUUGAUAAACUGAAGAUCAGCUCUUGAAAUUUGUGUUAAUCAUGAGAUGAAUGGAUGCAAAAACACCUUGUAAUUUCAUAUGGAAUUAUGAAAAUGAGCUUGAUGGGAUAUUUGCCUAACAAGGAUGAUGGUAUGUACUGGCUAGAAUACAUAUAUUUCACGUUUAAAAAAAUAAUCCGGAUACCAGAAUUCUCUUCUUUCAAUUUGGAGCCUAGAUCGAUCACUUUGCCAAAUAAAUGUAUUAUUUUCAUAAUGCAAUAAAGUAUAAACUAGA